UUGUUGUCAUAGCAACACGCGCUCUGACCUGAAAUCUGGCUUUGAACUUUUAUUUUGUUUUUGCGCAUUUCGUAACAUUUGACGCCCGUCGGCUUCUCGUCAGUCAACAUAGUUUGCCAACAUGUUUGAGGACGAAGAAGAGGAAGUGACACUUACCAUAAACCGAAACUUUGCCGAAAAGUAUGAGAAUAGGAAACGUUUUGAAGAAUUUUCUCAGCUCAAGGCAAAAUAUGGCGAUGAAGUGGAUGAGGAGGAAGGUUCUUUCGACUCAGAGUCUGAAGAAGAAGACGAAGUUGGAGAGCUUGUUACUCCAGAAGUCGAUGCACAAAUAAUGAAAACAAUUGCGACAAUCCGUGCCGGAAAGCCUGAGGUGUAUGAUCCUAAACAGCAUUUCUUUUCGGAAGCGGAAAUAGAAAAGGCUCGAGCCAAGUGGAGGGAAAAGCAAAAGGAGGCGAAGCAAAAUGGCAAGCCGAUGCGGUUGAAGGAUUAUCAUCGAAGACAGCUUUUGGAAGGAGGAGAUGACGAAGAGGGGAAACCUAAAGUCUUGACGCAUGCGGAGGAGCAGGAUAUGAUCAAACGACAAUUUAAGUCUGCGAUUGAGGCCGACGAUGAUGGAGAGGAUGACUUUUUGUCAAUAAGGCCAAGAAGUGAGGAUGAGCAGAAAAGGGACGAAGAGGAGUAUCGAAGGUUCCUUUUGGAGAAUAUGGCCGCGGACGGAGGACAAGGAUUGAAAGACUAUAGAGAUUACAAAGCUGUCAAGGUGCGUAAUCCUGAAGAGGCAUUUUUGAUGGAGUACAUCUUGAAUCGGGGAUGGGUCGAUAAAGAGGCACAAAAGAUUCCAACCUACAACGAGGUUGUAGGUGACAUUGAGGAAGAUGAGGAAGCAGUUGAGGCAGCUGAAGAGUUUGAGCGCCAGCACAAUUUCCGAUUUGAAGAAGAGGGCGCUUUUGACAUCGUUACACAUGCCCGUAACAUUGAAGGCACGAUCCGGCGAAAGGACGAUAAGAGGAAAAGACAGCGUGAAGCUAAGAAGGCCCGAAAAGAGGCAGAAGAUACAAAGAAGACUGAAGAACUUAAACGACUCAAAAAUCUCAAAAAGGAAGAGAUCCGGAAACGCUUGGAACAAAUUCGCCAGAUUGCAGGUGGUGAUGUGGUUGGACUGAACGAAGUCGACCUUGAAAAGGACUUUGAUCCCGAAGAGUUUGAUCAGAAAAUGGCCGAAGCGUUUAAUGAAGGAUACUACAACGAUGAGGAUGGUGAUAUCAAGCCGGAGUUUGGUGACGAUAUUGAUAUUAGUGAUAUCGCUCCGAACGCCGGCGCAUGGUCUGUGGAGGAGGGAGCAGAAGAGGACGCUGGGGAAUGGGCUGACGAAUGGGUUGGUGAGGGGAAUAAGGAGCCGACACAUCAGGAAGGCAAUGAGGGGAAUUUCAUUAUGGAUGCCGACUACUUGCCAGGUGGGGAACAGUACGUUGGGGACCAGGUUGAGGAAUCAAAAGGUAAAUCGAAAAAAGACAAGAAGUCCAAGAAAAACAAGCAGAGUGAUAAUGGGGAGGAAGGGAAAAUGUCUUUGGAUCAGUACCUGGAUGAAUAUUAUCAGCUCGACUAUGAAGAUAUGAUUGGAGACCUUCCAACACGCUUCAAAUACCGUAAAGUUGCCGCCGACGAUUGGGGGUUGACGCCAUUAGAGGUUCUCGAAGCCGACGAUGCCGACCUGAACGAGCUGAUUGGAUUGAAGAAACUUGCACCUUUCCGACGACAAGAUCUGGUUGAGAAAGACAAGGCCAAGUGGAGCAAAAGUCGAAAGAAGCGUCUGAAGGAGUUCCGAAAGAAAUUGGCCGUAAAACAUCCCGAGGAGGAAGUACAUAUUGCUGGAUCUGAAGGAAAGCGCCAUAAGAAGAAGGGUGAGGAGUCUGGACACAAGCGAAAACGGGGUGAGGAAAACGGGGAGGUGGAGUCUACGCGAGAUAAGUCAAAAAAGCGAACAAAGCCUGCACAAGAAGAUGGCCAAAGUGGAUGGUAUGUAGAUACGAAGGGGCUCAGCAGCGACAGAUUGGCAACUUAUCAGAUGCCAAAAAAGAAAUGAGGAUAGCAGGG